AUGGCAGAAGCAUACAACCUCCCGCCUGGAUAUGCUUUUUGCGACGCCCCGCCCGCCCUAGAGACCUAUCUCACUCUACGCGAACUAAACGGCCUCACCACCAAAACACCUGAACAAGGACAAGGCGCUAUUACCGGUAGCUGGGCCUGGUGUACCGUUGUCUAUACACCGCCCACGCUACCCUCGUCCGAGACUUCACCAGAACCAAACGUCGUGGGCAUGGUCCGUGCAAUAGGCGACGGCGGCUGGUACUUCAUCAUCGCCGAUAUGGCCGUGCAAGUCGAGCACCGUCGGAAAGGUCUGGGCGAAGCACUGCUGCGCCGCAUGCUCACGAUCAUCAAACAAAGCGCGCCGCCGCAUGCGCUCAUAUCAUUGUUGGCGGGCGCGCCAGGGAGAGCGCUGUACAGAAAGUUGGGGUUCGUUGGGACGGAGCCAACGUGCGUUGGAAUGUGGAAGCUUGACGAUACUUGGGGAGAGUCGCAAGAGUCUGCGGCCGCUGAGACAGGCGCGUGA